GCGGGAGCAGGGGGCACAGGCCUGUGCGCGUUUGGGGAAGUUGAGGCAGGGUCUCUUUUUCCUUUUGUGUAUUGUGGGUCACGCUCUCCCGUCUCGCGGGAAGAUCCAUAGGAACUGUUUCGUUGCAGCUUCCCCAGUGUUUCCAAGAGGGGCACGAAGGAGGGAAGCAGGUUUGAGAACUGGAGCCUAGACCUUAGCCGGGAAAAGGCCAAAGCCCAAAACAGAGAGCGGCUGCAGAGCAGACGGGGCAACAGCCCCUGCAUCCCCGGGUCCAGGCUUUGCGGCAGCAGGUGGGGCCCACUAAAGAGAAAAUGGAAAAGCGAGAUCCCAUGGAACCAGAACCAGGGAAGGAAUCCGAGCGGGCUGCAAAAGAUCCCGUGGUGGCACCCCGCAUCUCUGUAACUCCCAGAUGGUCCCGGAUUAGACUACACCAGGUCAAGACGGAGCCACAAGAAGGGAUGUCCCAGCGACAGCAGGUGCUGCAGGCCCAACAGACCUCUCCUGAAAUUGUGUCAGCUCCAGACCCUGUCUCGGGAAACCCAGAACUGCCUGAGCUUGCACCAGAGGAUGACAUCGAGGUCUAUCUGGCUUCCUUCGAGCGAGUGGCUGAAGCCUGCCACUGGCCCAGAAGAGAGUGGGUGACCCGACUCCUGCCAUCCCUCACUGGAAAAGCCCAACAGGCCAUUAGCAGCCUGGAUGCCAGAGACGCCCGAGACUACGGGAAGGUGAAGGCAGCCAUCCUGCGAGGCUGCAACAUCAGCACGGAGAUGCAGCGCCUUCACUUCAGGCAGUUCCGCUACCAGGAGGCCAGAGGGCCCCAAGAGGUCUGCAGCCGCCUGCGGGAACUCUCCCAUCGAUGGCUGAAGCCGGAGAUCCGCACCAAGGAGCAGAUCAUGGAGCUGCUGAUCCUGGAGCAGUUCCUGACCAUCCUACCCGAGGAAAUCCAGAGCUGGGUCUGGGUACGUCACCCGGAGACCUGUGCCCAGGCUGUGUCCCUGGCAGAGGAUUUCCAGCUGGGACAGCGAGAGGCUGGAGUUUGGGAGCAGCAGGUCACAGUGCGUGUGAAGGUCGAGGAAGUGACCCCAGACGAGGUGGAGACCCCUGAAGCAUUAUGGGAAUCUCAGAGCUCCCAGCUGGAGCCACCACAGCCCAAUACCACGUGGGGAUCCCAGGAGGAAGUGGGACGGAGCAAAUACAAGUUGCCAAAUGCCCCUGAAGAGGAGACCGAAGCUCUACAGGAAACUGCAGGUGCCAGGAUCCUGAGCAAAGCAGAGGAGCAGCCCCAUUUGGGAGAGCAAGAAAACCUGGAUCUGGCCCGAACGUCACAAGGUGGAUCAGGAGAGAGUGUCGCCCGCAGACCUGAGCGGGAAGAAGCCUGCAAGAGGCAGAAGAGAAACCCAGAUGGGAAUGAGCGAGUUCUGCCAAGGGUGUUCCCACAGCUCCCUGCUCAAGGGAUACCUGGGGCCGUAAGAGACCUUAAAAGCCAGGAGAGCAGCGUUCACAGGAUGGAAAAACCCCACAGAUGUAGAGACUGCGGGGAAAGGUUCUGGGAGAAGCAGGACCUCCUGGCCCAUGGGAGAGUCCAUGAGAAGGACAGGCCCUAUCCCUGUCCUGAAUGUGGGAAGAGCUUCAACAGACUGACCCAUCUCCGAACCCACCAGAGAACCCACACGGGAGUGAAACCUUACUCCUGUGGCGAGUGUGGGAAAAGCUUUGGCCACCUCUCCACGCUGACCACGCACCAGAGACUGCACACAGGGGAGAGACCCUACUCCUGUGCUGAGUGCGGGAAAACCUUCACCAACCCCUCAGACCUCAACAAGCACCAGCGCUCCCACACAGGUGAGCGGCCCUACCCCUGUGCCGAGUGCGGGAAGCGCUUCAGCCAGCAAUCAAAUCUGACAAUGCACCAAAGAAGCCACACUGAGGACAGACCGUACCCCUGCACCGAGUGCGGGAAGAGCUUCAAGUACCUCGCUGAUCUCACCGUGCAUGAGCGCUCCCACACAGGCGAGCGGCCCUUCCCCUGCCCUGAGUGCGGGAAGAGCUUCAGUAACAAAUCCUCUCUGGCUCGUCACCAGAGAAUCCACGCCAGAGCCGCAGCCAGAAACAAUACAGAAACCCCCCUGUAUGAUCCUCCUAUACAUCCCAGCACACCUGGCCGUGAGGAGCAUAGCACUUACCUCAGCUGGGAUAAGGCUGUUUUCACAAGACACACAAUGGCUGCAAAGCACCGUGGUCGAAAGCCCCUGGGGAUGCAGAUCCAGGGUCCACUACAAGUGGUGCUACCACAUGUCAAAGUGGAAACAGAAAAUCCAGCAGGCCCCAAACCAGGGAAGGAAUCGGAGAGAGAAGAGAAAGACACUGCUGUGAUGCCUCCCAUCUCAGCAAGUCCCCCAUUGUCCCAGACAGGACAACAAAAAUCCAGCUCUGAGCCACGGGAGAAGAUCCCCCAGCAUUGGGAAAAUCAAAAUCAGGACAUGCUGCGAGCCCUCUGGACCUCUCCUGAGGCUGUACUGGCAUCAGCCCAGGCCUGGGGAAACCCAGAACUGCCUGAGCUUGCACCAGAGGAUGACAUCGAGGUCUAUUUGGCUUCCUUUGAGCAAGUGGCUGAAGCCUGCCACUGGCCCAGAAGAGAGUGGGUGACCCGACUCCUGCCAUCCCUCACUGGAAAAGCCCAACAGGCUAUUAGCAGCCUGGAUGCCAGAGAUGCCCGAGACUACGGGAAGGUGAAGGCAGCCAUCCUGCGAGGCUGCAACAUCAGCACGGAGAUGCAGCGCCUUCACUUCAGGCAGUUCCGCUACCAGGAGGCCAGAGGGCCCCAAGAGGUCUGCAGCCGCCUGCGGGAACUCUCCCAUCGAUGGCUGAAGCCGGAGAUCCGCACCAAGGAGCAGAUCAUGGAGCUGCUGAUCCUGGAGCAGUUCCUGACCAUCCUACCCGAGGAAAUCCAGAGCUGGGUCUGGGUACGUCACCCGGAGACCUGUGCCCAGGCUGUGUCCCUGGCAGAGGAUUUCCAGCUGGGACAGCGAGAAGCUGGAGUUUGGGAGCAGCAGGUCACAGUGCACGUAAAGGUUGAGGAAGUGGAGACCCCUGAAGCAUUAUGGGAAUCUCAGAACUCACAGCUGGAGCAACUUCAGCCCAAUCACAAGUGUCUUUCCCCAGAGGAGGUUGGACAAAACAAGUCCAAGUUGCCCUGUGCUAAGGAGAGUCAAACACUACAGGAAACUGGUGCUGGGAUCCUGAGCAGAACUGAGGAGCAGCCUUGUGACAAAGGGCCUGAAAACCUGCUGCUGCCCAGCGUACCAGAAAGGGUAUUGAGGGAGAGUGUUACCCACAGACAUGAGCAGGGAGGAGCCUGUGAGAGGCAGAAGAGGAGCCGAGCACACGAGACAGAUCCCCCAGGGGAACGUGAGAGCAGAUUCAGGAGACUAAUCCAGCUCCCUGCACCGGGGAGACCUCGGACCAUAGGGGACCUUCACCAUCAAAGCAAUUUUCUCAGGACAGAGAAACCCCACAGAUGUAGAGACUGUGGGGAAAGCUUCUGGGAAAAGCAGAAGCUUACAGAGCAUGGCAAAGUCCACAGGAGUGAGAGGCCCCAUCCUUGUGCUGAAUGUGGGAAGAGCUUCAACCGCCUAGCUCAUCUCAAGACGCACCAGAGAACCCACACAGGAGAGAAACCCUAUUUCUGUGCAGAGUGUGGGAAAUGCUUUGGCCACCUCUCCACACUGACCACUCACCAGAGAUUGCACACAGGGGAGAGACCCUACUCCUGUGCUGAGUGCAGGAAAACCUUCACUCACCCCUCAGACUUGAACAAGCACCAGCGGUCCCACACAGGUGAGCGGCCCUACCCCUGUGCCGAAUGUGGGAAGUGCUUCAGCCAGCUCUCCAACCUGACUAAACACCAAAGAAGCCAUACCGAGGAGCGGCCUUACCCGUGCACUGAGUGCGGGAAGAGCUUCAAGUACCUCGCUGAUCUCAUCGUGCAUGAGCGCUCCCACACGGGCGAGCGGCCCUUCCUAUGCCCUGAAUGCGGGAAGAGCUUCAGUAACAAAUCCUCCCUGGCCCGUCACCAGAGAAUCCAUGCCAGAGCCGCAGUCAGAAAUAAGUGAGACCAUGUUUAGACUAUAGACUAACCAAGAGCUCUGCUCCCAUUAGCCUAUAUAUGUGAUUGGAGCAGAAGAAUGUGAGCCACUACUACAGAGCCUGAGGGAAAUUAGCCCUCGACCCUCCCUUAUGCCAUUAUCACCCCCUCACAUCCUACAGGAGAAUGAGGGAGGCUUAGGUGGAGUCCCAGUGCCUGAAACCUCCAGAAGAUAUUCUGUUCUUAUCUGCUUUUACUAAUAACACUUAGCUCCUGUAUAGCUCUCUCCAUAUGUUGAAGUGCUGCAGAAAGGAGGUAAGGCGAUUGUAGAGCCUUGGUUUCCUUUCUGCUGCUCUGGGGCAGGUGUGUAUUUGUAAUAUCCAUAAGCAAAGCAGGCCAGCCAGAAGCGGAGAAAGGAUUUUUGUUGUCCAGGGCCCCAACAUCUGAGAUCCAUCAACUCCACAGGAGAAACAGCCCUGCUUCCCAACAGCACUCAAACACCCCUCUGCUCACUGCACCUCUCACUGCCUGGCCCCUGUAAUGCCUGGUUUGUAACUGAGUAGGAGGCACCAGGGACUGCACCUCCAUCACAGGCAAUCUAGCUCCUCUGCCCCCACUACUGACCUGUGUAGCUGCCAUCUUCCCUCCUCUGCCUCACUGGCCCUAGCUGCAUCCCAGUCCUUUUGUCCCUCCGCAGCUGCCACCCAGUAAAUAUGUCUAAAGUCUGCCAUGGUGCAUUAUUAAAUCCCCUUCACCUGGCUGACUCUUCCUGCUCCCUUGUUUCAACUAACACCACUGAUGAUGCAUUUACUGCUUACUACUUAAUUAAUUGGGCACCUUCCUUGAAUAACCAGCUAUUUAUUCGUCUCUCACCCUUGUCUUCUGCUCCUGCCCUGAUCACUACUCUGAUAUCACUUCUGUUUACUCCCCUGUUGUUUCAGUAGCUGUCUUUUUGCUCAGCUGCCUUUGACCACAACUACCAAUUCAGUUGUACUUACGGGAGGUUUUGAACAGAUUACGUACACUCUGAUCCUGCAGAGGAGCUCCAUGUGAACAGGCUCCUUUGGAGCUCAGUGCAGGAAUGGACCCUCAGUAUUUAACUCACUGACAUACCUCAGUUGCUGUUGUUCUGAUUUAUUUAUAUGAUUUCCUGUUCACCUGAUUAUAAUGAAUUUAACAUUUAAUUCAGUCAUUAGUGUACUUAACUCCUUCCCUAGUCACUUGUCUUACAGAACUGUCCCUUAAUUAGUAAUUAGCUAUCUGUCAUUCAUACUCAUUACCCAAACGUCCAACCAGCACGCUCCUCUCUCCUCUGCUGCUUCACCCCUGCCUGUCUCAGUAUCCACCAGUCUCAUCACUGAGACCGAUCCCUCUCUGAUCCCAUCUUAUCUCCUAUACAGCACCUGCUUCCCCCAUCCCCUUCAGGGCCCUCCAUCAUUUAGUUCUUCCCCCUAGAUCAAAUCUAACUUAUUACUAGAUUGACACACACCUUCCCCUCCCCCCUCCCAUUCUACCAGCAUCACCACAAAUAAACCUUUUCUUCUUACUCCUUUGCUUCUAUCCAAUGAUGAGGGUUGGGGACAUUCCAGGCCCUUUGCACAGUUAUCCUCCCAAGUGUCCCUAACUCUCAGCAGCAUAGGCAGACCUCUCAGUGAGGAUUAUGUAGGAGGGUGUUUUGGGACAGCCAUUCUCCUGCUUGUUGUGUCUAUUUCUAUAGAAGCUGGUUAAACCUUUUAAUAAAAAACAUUUAUGAGAACUGAA